UCCAUCCAUCAGCCACUUCACACCAGAAAUUCAGGCAUGGCAGCUCCGACGAGAGCACUAGUCCUCGCUGUCCUUCUGGCGAUCACUGUCGCCAACGCAGAGGCGGGGUCCGUCGUGGUCGGCCUGGCCAAGUGCGCAGACUGCACCAGGAAGAACAUGAUGGCCGAGGAAGCUUUCAAAGGUCUCCAGGUGGCAAUCAAGUGCAAGAACGUCCAUGGCGACUAUGAGAGCAAGGCAGUGGGCGCCCUCGACGGCACCGGCGCCUUCAGUGUGCCCCUCGCCGCUGACCUUCAUGGCGCCGACUGCGUCGCUCAGCUCCACAGCACCACCUCCAACACGCCGUGCUCCGGCCAGAAGCCAUCAAAGAUCGUGCCGGUUUCGGAAGGCACCACCUUCGGCAUCAUCGCCGGUGGCCACACCGCCACAGCAUCCGCGGUGUCGCCGGAGUGCGCGUCCAUGACCCUGUGCGGGCCGAUCAAGAAGCACAUCAUCGAACACUUCCACCACAAGAAGCCCGUGCCACCGAAGCCAGAGCCCAAGCCCCAGCCCCACCCGGACUACGGUCCCGUACCCAAGCCGGAACCGAAGCCGCAGCCCCACCCGGACUACCACCCCGUCCCUCCCACGCCCACCUACGGCGGCAGCGGCGGCGGAUACCACGGACAUCACUAG